AUGAAAAGAUGCGUCCUACAAAAAGAAAUGUAUCAAGUGAAGCAGUCUCAAACCACACAGCCAAACAAAGAGAUGGAUAAAGUAUUCCAAGCCCUCGAAGAGCAGCGUAAGUCGAUUGAUAAUUUGUCCCAAACCCUUAUUUCCCUUUCCAGAUCCAACAAUAAUAUUCAGCGGAAUCAGGGAGGAAGAGGCGGCCGAAACCCCUCCCUCCGCGGCUUUGACGAAAGAGGGAACAGAAUUUGUUUUUAGUGCCAGGGAGUCGGACACAUUGCAAGAGAUUGUGUGAACAAUACAAGUCAACGCCAGAAUGACGGCCUUCCCCCAUCCAAUUGCCCACCACGCAAUACUGCCCCACCAUCAUCGUAUGUCCCUAGCCAAGAUACAUCAGCGCCAAACGGUCUCCCUCCACAGUCGCGAGUCGGACAGUAGGAGGGGAAGGCGCAGACUCUCAUAGCAUACCAGAAAGAAUAAUUGGCAAGUGUCCUGUUGCUGUUGUGAACAUUGGAGGCGUGUCUGUAUCAUGUUUACUUGAUUCAGGCUCUGAGGUCUCUACUAUUACAGUCGAAUUAUUUAAUACUCAUUUUAAACCAAAGGGACAGGAAUUACUUUCAACCAGUGGGUGGUUAAAACUGAUAGCAGCAAAUGGGUUAGAAAUACCCUAUCUUGGAUAUUUCGAACUUGACAUUGAAGCUUUUGGCUUAAGCGUGCCCAGACGAGGAAUACUGGUCAUAAAGGAUUCUGCCAAUGAUGCUAUAAGAGCACGGAAGAGAGACGUACCAGGUCUCCUUGGAAUGAAUGUACCAUGUGAAAUGGGACAAGUGUUAGCCAAGUUCGAGGGAACGGAAUUUUUAAGUAAAGUUGAUCCUGUAUGGUCACAGCCAAUGCAGGCUGCUAAACGUCGUGCGAAUACAUCAGUACGGGGUAUCGUUCGAGUUGCAGGAAAGCGUGCAGUGCGGGUCCCAGCUAGUUCGGUAACAACAAUACCUGCCACUGGUUGGGGUGGUCAAGUGAAGUGCGAGAUGGCAAUGGUGGAACCAGUUGUUGGACAACAUUUGUCGCACCUAGUGGUACCCAACACCCUCGUGAGACCGUCAUCCCCCUUCUGUGUGAGAGUUGCAAAUCUAACCAAUGACGAUUUGUGGAUCCAGCCAAGGACAAGGAUAGGUGUUCUUCACGCAGUCAGCAACAUCGAAAGUGGUGUGGAAUUCAAGAGAGUGUGAGUCAACGAAGAAAUGGUUACGGUGCAAGAUAGCGAGAACACAUCCAUUCCAGACGUCGUGGAAAAUACUGAAUGUCCUUGCAACGGACUUUCCCCAGAGCAGCAAGAAAAGCUGGACGCACUGUUGAACAAGCAUGCUUCCGUAUUUUCAAAGUCAGACGAUGACAUUGGCUACACGGAGACGGUUAAACACAAAAUUAGGACGGAGGAUGACAUCCCGAUUACGCAACCCUGCAGACGAAUUCCCCCAAAUCAAUACCAAGAGGUGAAGGAACACAUUCAGAAAUUACUUGAUAGCUCAGUUAUUCGCGAAAGUCACAGCCCUUAUGCAUCUCCUAUUGUGUUAGUGAGAAAGAAGAACGGCUCCCUUCGCCUGUGCGUUGAUUAUCGAAAGCUCAACUUAAGAACGCAAAAGGACUCAUUCCCUUUACCCCGGAUAGACGAGUCACUUGAUGCUCUCAAUGGUGCACAGUGGUUUACAACAUUAGAUCUUGCAAGCGGUUUUAAUCAGGUCGCAGUCGAAGAGGAAGACCGAAGACCGCAUUCACUACUCCGUUGA